AUUGGGUUCAAUACCUUCGACACAGUAACAUCUUCAGUCAGUUCGAAUAUAGUUUGCCAAUCUCCACAAGAACUAUAGCUUCAGAAUGAAACUCUUCAUCGGUGUCCUCUCUCUGUGCCUGGUGGCCAUCGCAGCUGCCCAGUCGGCCGAUCCGGCGGCUUUGGAGCCCUCGGCAGAGUACCUGCCCCCUGUUGGCGACGCCGAGGCCGCUAAGCUCUCCGAGGAUGGCUACCGCUACAAGACCGUGCGCCGACUGAAGCUGCGCCACCGCCGUGAGGUCCCCAACCAGGAGUACCUGCCGCCUGUGGACAACGCACCCAGCCAGGAGUACCUGCCCCCAGUCGACGCUGCUGCCAUCGGCGACACCAAGGUGGCUGAUGAUGGCUACCGCUACAAGACCGUUCGCAAGCUCAAGUUCCGUGCCCGCCACCGCCGCGAUGUGUCCGAGAUCGCCGAGCCCAGCAACGAGUACCUGCCCCCCGUUGAGGUGUCGCUGGCUCCUGAGCUGAAGACCGUCCUGGGCGAUGAUGGCUACCGCUACAAGACCGUGCGCCGCCUCAAGCUCCGUCGCCACCGUCGUGAGGUCGCCGUCGCUGCCGAGGAGGCCUCCGCCGAGAGUGCCCCCAAUGGUGAGUACCUGCCCCCCGCCGAGGCUGCCGCACCUGUCGAGGCCGAGCCCAAGGCUGCCGCUGAGGAGGGAACCGAGCUGGCCAAGGACGGAUACCGCUACAAGACCGUGCGCCGCAUCCGGUACCGCCGCCACUAAGUUUCUGGACACGGACUGAGGAAUAUUGAACCAAAUUGAUCCUGAAAGUACACAGAGUAGAGCCGGGGACCGGCCCCUGCCCCCUUCGCGGCUGACUCGACAGCAAUCUUUUUUUUCUCCCAAUAUACAGACUUUCAAUUGUCCCAGCAUAUGGAAUAAUAAAAUUUAUUCACGAAAAAUCA